AUGAAAAGUUUCCUGUUCUGUGCCCUACUCAUCCUCUCAGUUAUGCUCUCUGGUAUGUCUUAGACCACGUCUAACAUCGAUCACUCUUCAAAUGUUCUUAAACGAAUAACAUUUAUUUUACUUAUAGCGUCCGCUCAGGAUGCAGGUACAGCCAGCAGUGAAACCCCGGGAUCUAGCAGUUCAUCUGCACAGCCUACCAACGCUCCAUCCUCGGAUGCAUCCUCACAGUCCGGUGCUUCCAGCGAGUCGACGGAAGCUACUACCACUUCCAGUGUCUCAGCAUUAUCCAUGGCGCUAUCCUGCUCUGCGCCGCUAAUGCUUGCCGUCUUUGCAAAGCUGUAA